AUGCACUCGCACCACAUAGGAGGUCAGCUCCGCGCCACCCCGGGCGCCCCCACCAAUUCAUAUCCAAACUUUGCUCGUUUCUCCAACAUCCACCCACAACCGAGGACGCGCGCGACCAUAGAGCGCGGGCACAAUAGCGAGCCAGCGGAGAGCACCAACGCGAGGCCAAGAGGCGACACGCGCCGAGCCAGUGAGCGCCCCAGGCGAGAGCCAGCGAGGGGCCCGAGAUGGCCAGGAGAGCGCCCCCGCGAGCGCGACCGAGCGGCGAGGCCCAGCAGCGAGAGCGAUGACCGAGAGAGCCCGCGCGAGCGCCCCAGAGAGCGAGACCCGCGAGCAGCGAGGACCCAGCGGCGACCAGAGCGAGGCCCCAGCGCGACAUACCAAGGACAGAACACACCCCCACAACACCCAAACCAGACUGCCCUCAUCAACAGCAAGACUAAUGCAGAAGUCUUACAAACCUACCACAACCAAACGAUCGAAUGCACCACCCCAACCGAUCCAUCUUUCCGGGAGCAAAGAAAAACCCAACCACAGUUACCGCAGGCCUCCCAGCAAGCCCUCUAUCCCACUAAAAAGACUCUGCCUGCCAGACAGCUACCAACUGCCCCCCCUAACGCGAGCCACCACCACACGCCUCUCGACGAACCCACGGCCUCUAUCUUAGCCAGCCAUCAUACACACAACUACCCCACCACGCCCCACCACGCCCACACCCCCACUCACCCCCCACAAGUCGACCGAGAGCGACCCGAGCGCGACCAGCGCGAGCCCAGCGCGCCAUUAGCCCAGAGAGAGAGCCCGAGCGAGCGACCAGAGAGAGCGACCCCGAGAGAGCGCCCAGAGGCGACCCGAGCGCGGCGACCAGGAGCGAGAGACGAGCGAGGGGCCAGGGAACAGACCAGAAGAGAGACCCGAGGAUGCCACCCGAGAGGGACCAGAGGAGAGCCCAUCGAGCGGCCCAGAGCGAGCCCCCCGCGGGACGAGCCCAGGAGCGCCCGAGAGGAGACCAGUCGCGAGACCAGAGGGCAGCAGCCCAGAGCGAGACCAGCGGCACGCCCAGCGUAG